AUGACUUAUGUGAAUGCCAUUCCUGAACUGGAUGGCAACAACUAUGGGAAAUGGUACCAGAAAUUGGAGAUAGCUCUGGCGAUGGCCAAUAUAGAUUUGGCCAUCACAACGCCAGCUCCACAAGAACCAGAAAAGCCCGUACGGGCACAGAAUGAAGAAGCUGCUGCUUGGGCUAUCCGAGAGAAGAAUUAUGACUCUGCUAUGACCAGAUAUGAUGCUGACAAGACACGUUGGAAUGAUUCCAACCGCAAGUGUCUUAUGGUCAUGAAGGGUUCCACUUCAGAUGCCAUCAAGAUGGCGAUCCCAGAUUGUAACACCGCUUCAGAAUAUUUAGCAAAGGUGAAGAGUCAGUUUACUGGUUCUUCCAAGGCUUAUGCUGCUAUUCUUGCUGAGCACCUUAUCACCAAGAAAUACACUGGCGGUGGCAUCAGAGAACAUAUCUUAGAAAUGAGCCACAUGGCCAACAAGCUUAAGACAAUGGACAUGCCUUUGCCAGAAAAGUUCAUUGUUCAGCUGGUCUUCAAGUCACUACCAAAGGCGUUUGAGGCAUUUCAUGUCAACUAUAACGCUUUUCCAGAAGAUUGGGGCAUUGACAAGCUGAUUGGCAUGUGUGUUCAAGAAGAAGAUCGCCUUAAGAACUCCAAUGGUGAAUCAGCAUGA